AUGAAUCCAUUGGCCUUGGAGGAGGUUCGUCUGCCGAGCGCGCUUGGCGUUGUCAUUAUGAUCUUUAUGAUUAUCUUUGCCGUUGUUAUUACCUCCGCCGAGGAGGUUCUGCUCUUGGUAGCGCUGCAGUCAUCUUCGUCGCCAGUCGCUCGUCAGCAGUCAAUCUCGUCAGCCCAGUCAGCUCGUCCGCCAGUCAAGCUUCGUCAGGCAGUCAUCUGUCAAGCCAGUCAGUUCCUCGUCAGCCAGUCAGCUCGUCAGCCAUGUCCAGCUUGCGUCAGCCCCAGUCGCUCGUCAACGCCAGUCAGCUCGUGCAAGCCAGUCCCAGGCUCGUCAGGCACCCAGUCAGCUGCGUCAGGCCAGUUCAGCUCGCAGCCAAGUCAGCUUCGUGCAGCCCAGUCAGCUCGUCAGCCAGUGCAGCUUCGUCAGCCAGUCAGCUCUCAGCCAGUCAGCUCAGUCAGCUCAGCUCAGCUCGUCAGCCAGUCAGCCAGUCAGUCACAGUCAGCUCGUCAGCCAGUCAGCCGUCUUCAGCCAAGUCACCUCGUCAUCCGGUCGCAGUCACCUCGUCAGCACGUCAUCUCGUCAGCCAGUCAUCUCGUCAGCCAGUCAUCUCGUCAGUCACUCUCAGCCAGUCACCUCGUCGGCAGUCAUCGUCAGCCUCAUCGUCAGCGCAGUCAUCUCGUCAGCCAGUCAUCUUGUCAGCCAGUCCAUCUCGUCAGCCAGUCAGCUCGUCAGCCAGUCAGCUCGUCAGCCAGUCAUCUCGUCAGCCAGUCAUCUCGUCAGGAGUCACUCGUCAGCAGUCAUCUCAGCACAGUCAUCUCGUCAGCCAGUCAUCUCGUCAGCCAGUCAUCAGCCUCGUCCAGUCAUCUCGUAGCCAGUCACUCGUCAGGCCAGUCCAUCUCGUCAGCCAGUCAUCUCGUCAGCCAGUCAGCUCUCAGUCAGUCUCGUCAGCAGUCAUCAUCUUCGUCAGCCAGUCAUCUCGUCAGCCAGUUCAUCUCGUCAGCCAGUCAGCUCGUCAGUCAAGCCCAGUCAGUCAUCGUCGUCAGCGAGUCACCUCGUCAGCCAGUCACUCGUCAGCCAGUCAGCUCAGUCAAGUCAGCUCGUCAGUCGCCGUCAGCCAGUCAUCUCGUCAGCCAUCAUCUCGUCAGCCAGUCAUCUCGUCAGCAGCAGUCAUCUCGUCAGCAGUCAUCGUCUCGUCAGCCAGUCAUCUCGUCAGCCAGUCAUCUCGUCAGCCAGUCGUCAGCCAUCAGUCGUCAGCCAGUCAUCUCGUCAGCCAGUCAGGCAGUCAUCUCGUCAGCCAGUCAUCUCGUCAGCCAGUCAUCUCGUCAGCCCAAGUCAUCUCGUCAGCCGUCAUCAUCUUUUCGUCAGCCAGUAGCCAGCUCAUCUCGUCAGCCAGUCAUUCGUCAGCCAGUCAUCUCGCAGCGCAUCUCGUCAGCCAGUCAGUCAUCUCGUCAGCCAGUCAUCUCCGUCAGCCAGUCAUCUCGUCAGCCAGUCAGUCGUCAGCAGUCAUCUCGUCAGAGUCAAUCUUUUCGUCAGCCAGUCAUCUCGUCAGCCAGUCAUCUCGUCAGCCAGUCAUCUCGUCAGCCAGUCAGCUCGUCAGCCAGUCAUCUCGUCAGCCGUCACUCGUCAGGCCAGUCAUCUCGGUCAGGUCCAAGUCAGCUCGUCAGCGCAGUCAUCCUCGUCAGCCAGUCAUCUCGUCAGCAGUCAUCUCGUCAGCCAGUCAUCUCGUCAGCGUCCAGCCAGUCAUCUCGUCAGUCAUCUCGUCAGCCAGUCAUCUCGUCAGCCAGUCAUCUCGUCAGCCAGUCAUCUCGUCAGCCAGUCAUCUCGUCAGCCAGUCAUCUCCGUCAGCCAGUCAUCUCGUCAGCCAGUCAUCUCGUCAGCCAGUCAUCUCGUCAGCCAGUCAUCUCGUCAGCCAGUUCUCGUCAGCCAGUCAUCUCGUCAGCCCAUCUCUCGAUUGCAUCUAAUUAA